GACGGCUCCAUCUGUUGCUUCUCUACCUUGUCCCUCACCGUUGUCUUACCUACGGGUUAUAAACCAGAUGCCCGCCUCCCAAUAAACUCGCCGCUUCUAGAAUCUAGCCCGACUUCCUUCCGUCCAUCCGGUCGCCAUGUCGUCCACUGCUGCAUCCCUCCCUACAUUUCAUGACACAUUCAAAUCUCCGGAUGUCAAGGCCUCUGCCACGUUCCUACACUCAGUGGCCAGCCUCUCAUCCAAGUCCCUACCGUACUGGCUCGUCAAUGUGCCCCCUUCUCAAUGGUCGGCAGAAUGUCCCGGCUUUCUACGCGGCACCUCGCAAAAGAACAUCGAGAUUCUCUCGACCCCUGAUGAGCAAUAUCGGAGACAGGGAUGGGAGCUAGUCAAGGACAUAGUCCGGACCAACCAGAUUGAUCGAUUUCAGCGUCUCCCCAGCGAUCUGAGGAGGUAUCUCGAGUACAAGGAGUAUAUAAUUGCGGAAUAUGGCUCGAUCAUGCGGUUCGUGGUGAAAGAACGACUGCGCUGGGGAGAGGGAACGGCCGAGGAUUUGAAGCCGAAAGGGCGGCCGUUUGAAUAUGCCGAGGACAUGCGUAUUCUAUACAACGACUGGCCGUACGGGGUCGAGGACGGUAUUGUGCAUUUGGUGGUGUGGACCAAGUUCGAGCUGGAGGAUGACCCGGCCACGGAUGACUUAACGCCACGCGCGCGCCAGGAGAUCGAGGAGUAUGUGCAACGGACGUUUUGCUCACGGGUGCCGGCCGACCAGGUCAUCUGGUUCAAGAACUGGAAGUCGUUGAAGUCGGUGCAUGCCGUGGAGCAUUUCCAUGUCAUGCUACAUCGUCCCGAUGCGGAAUUUCUGAGGGAGAUCACGGGAGGCGAUGCGCCGCUGAAAAGACAGUCGGCAUGAUGAAAUCUCGGGGGGUAGAUACUAGAUAGAUGUGCUGGGGCCUGGGCCUAGGAUCUGAAGAAUAAUACCAAACAUUAUAAUAGAGUAUUGUCAGGAGCGAUCAUCGGCGUUGCUGACCUGUUGGGAGCAUGAUCGAGUAUUCGUAUUAAUAUUGCCUGUCAAUGUCAUCUGUCAUCCCCACCGCCAAGCCUAGUGCCCCUCU